AAGGGACUCUGCUAUGAAGAAGCUGUGCCCACAGAUCAUGCAUCUCACCCCACUCCUCCUUCUCUUGGCUAUGCUCCUGGCCUUUUCUCAUAGUGUGCAGUUUCCACAUGAUGAGAACUCCCCCAGCCUCAAGAUUGCCCCAAGUAACACCAACUUUGCUCUGAAUUUCUACCACCUAAUCACAAGCAAGACACCCCAGGAAAAUGUCUUUUUCUCCCCACUGAGCAUCUCAGCAGCCAUUGCCAUGCUCUCACUGGGGGCUGGCUCAUUCACCCGCACCCAGAUACUCCAGGCUCUGGCCUUCAACCUCACUGAGCUGUCUGAGGCUGAUAUCCACCAGGGCUUCCAGGACCUACUGUGCACCUUCAACCUUCCCAGUAGUAGCUCAAACACCAAGAUGGGCAGUGCCUUGUUCCUAAGUGAUGGUCUCCAGCCACAGAAGAAAUUCCUCACAGACACCAAAGAGUUUUAUGAGUCCAGUGUCUUCCAGGUCAACUUUGGGGACACUAGGGGCACGACAAAGCUGAUCAAUGAUCACGUCAGUAAUGAAACUCAAGGCAAAAUCACAAAUUUGGUGUCUGGGCUCAGUCAAAAUACACUGAUGGUGCUGGUGAAUUACAUCUAUUUCCAAGCUAAGUGGAAGACAUCAUUCGAUGCAAAAUUGACACAACCUGGAGACUUCUAUUUGAAUGAGAAUACAACAGUAAAGGUUCCCAUGAUGUGGCAGAUGGCAUUUCACUGGUACCUGAGGGAUGAACAUGUGCCCUGCUCCGUGCUGCAAUGAUACCAAGGUGAUGCCAAGGCACUCCUCAUCCUUCCUAACCCUGGCAAGAUGGAGGAGGUGGAAGCCGCCUUGACUCUACAGGUGCUAGAAAAGUGGAAGCACUCACUCCGGAAGAGGACUGUCCAGUUGAGCCUGCCCAAGUUCUCCAUCUCGGCCUCUUACGAAUUAGACCAGAUCCUGCUCCCUUUGGGGUUGACUGAACUGUUUUCUUCACAGUCCAAUUUUUCUGGCAUCAGCAACCAGCAGAACAUGAUGAUGAGUCAGGGCUUCCGCAAGGCUGUGCUGGAAGUGGACGAGCAGGGAACCAAGGCCGCUGCAGCCACUAGCUUCCGUAUGGCGUUUAAGUCUCAACCUCGACACCACAUUUUAAGUUUUGACCACCCCUUCAUCGUGGUAAUCUACUCCAGUAACACUGAUAACAUCUUAUUUAUGGGAAAAUUGGUGAAGCCCACAAUUAAGUAGUCCCCCAUCUGCCCUGGCUCAUCGAGGAAGAGUAGACCCCAACCAGAGGCUUGCAAGGAUUAGCAGACCUGAGGGUGCUGAGUCCAGUUCUAAGGUUUUAGCUAAUGGAGCAGUGGUUCGUCCUAGAUGGCUGUGGGAAGCUCUGUGCAUCUGUGACCAAAGAAAGUGGUGGAGAUCAUUUUAAGCACUUGUGCCAUUCAAUGAGAUGCUCACUCUAAGAAUCGGAUUUUAUCCUUGCACAUGAAGACACAAUAAAUGGACUCUUUUCUUCA